UUGCGAACAUUUAAUAACCUAAUCUUCUGUUUUAUCACUCAAAAAAUACCAACACAGCGAAGACAUCUAAUAUCAUAUCUAUCUUAGCAAGGAAAUCCGAAGGGGAAUGAAAAUGAGUCUCCAAAUCCAAACUCAAUCCUUGUCGACACACUUCCUUCCACCCUUCCCUCCAAAACCCAAAUUCCUUCAAGCAAAACCCAAACCCUCAUUCAAAUUAUGCUCCUCGCUCUCCACUGUUUCAGUCCCACCAACAAAAACCAGCCACAAGUCAUUUCCCGCUGAGGUUUCCAAGACCAUAAUGGAAAUGUUUUUUAUAGGGACCCUUUCCACUUUAGCUUAAGAUGGGUGGCCAUUGAGUGUUGGUGUAAGCCUUGUUGUCCAUGCUGAGGGCACCCCUAUUUUGUGCUUGCCUCAACCUUCUCCUGGGAACCGCUCCACCCUUAAUGUUCAGCUCACAGCAGAACCGGCCACCCACUUCUAGUCCCUUAUCCGGACCAAACAUGAUGGGGUUGUGGAAACCAGACCAAACGGCGCUGUCCCCGAAGUUGAAACGUGGGAAAUGUUAACUGCCAAGUGCCAUGUUUUCUAAACUAUUUGUUAUGUUCUUAAUCCACUCCAUAACAAAAAAGGCUCGCCCUUUAAGACGUCCUUAUAAAGAGACUCCUGCCCUACGGGUCCACUACUCCAGCUCAGUCUCAGUCUCAGUCUCAGUCUCAGCUCCACCAACUCCAUCCUUCUCUCUGGUACAAACAAUUCGAUCAUCUUUACUAAUUUUUGUUUGCUUUAGUUUUAACUUCUCAGUAAUGCCUUUGGCUUCUUCAGUGACCCAGAAUUUUAAAACUAAAUGAACUAUAAUAGCAAAGCAUUUAUUUCAGAAUGAUGAAAACCAGCCUGCAGAUGAAUUGUACUUUUCAUAGCUAAUAACUUACAACUUUUGGGUUUUUCUUUUUAUUUUCUUCCAUUUUCUUUGACUUCUGGGUUGAACCCAUUAAGUUCUCUUUGGUUAAAGCAAAUGGAAGAUACAUGUAAGGAUUGUAGGGACUGGGAAGAGGAAAUCUUUUGGACCCAUUUUCAGUGUGUACAUUUCUCACAAUUUCUCCAUGGUGAUUUUCUUCAGCGGUUGGAAAUACCAGAAAAGUUUGCUAAGAACAUCAAGAAAAAGCUUCCAGAAACUGUGACUCUUAAAGGUCCUAGUGGUAGCAUAUGGGAUGUAAGACUGACAGUAGAUGAUGAUGAUACCUUGUUUUUCAACGGUGGAUGGAAAACUUUUGUAAAAGACCAUUCAUUGGUUGCAAAUGAUUUUUUGAUCUUCAAAUACAAUGGAGUGUCCCAUUUUGAUGUUCUAAUGUUUGAUGGCAAGAGCUUGUGUGAAAAAGCUUCUUCUUAUUUCGUGAGGAAGUGUAUGCAUACAGAAUCUGAUGCCACUCACCAAACUAAAAGGAAGGUGAAUGAAAAUAGUGAUGAAAUUUUGCACAAUUCUUCUCAAUGUGGCCUCGAAAGCGGUCCUGAAAAAUCGACUAACAAUGACAUGGAUGCGAGGCCCUCAAGAAAACCUAUCAACUCUGCAGCUAGUAAAAAGAAGAUCCGAAAUUCAGAUAAUGGUACUCGGUCUAUCCAUGCGAAGCAGAGCCUUGUAGGCAAAGAACUUCCUACUUUUCCUGGAGAAGUGAAGGUCGAAAGACUUGAAACUGAGUAUGAACAUACAACAAUGGAUGGCGAUGGCGAUGUCUUUGGCUUGUGGCACACAACGGGUAAAAGGUUCGUGACUCAAUUUGAGAAAACGAAUGUCCUCUUAAAGGCACAAGAAGCAUUAACCAAUGAAGGAUUUAUGAUAAUUAUGAAGCCCACACAUGUUGGGAGACGGUUUUAUAUGUUUGUGCAGGCUGUCCCUACUGCAUGGGUGGCUAAAUAUCUCCCGAAAGAUAAUGCGGAUGUGAUUCUUCGAAUGAACAAACGUACAUGGAAGACCCGAUUUUAUUAUCACAGAAGCCGUGAUUGUGGAGGUCUUUCAGGUGGAUGGAGGAACUUUGUGAACGACAACAACUUAGAGGAACAUGAUGUGUGUGUAUUUCAGCCUGCAAAUAUAGGAAGUAAACCAAUGAUCCUGGAUGUCAACAUUUUCCAUGUUCUCCAAAAAGCAGUUCCACUUAGCCAAGUAGACCCACUCCCAAGCUCACCCGAGCUAAUAGCAUCGACGCCGGACAUGGAUUCGUGAUUCAGUCAGUGGAUGCCUGCAAGUAGAUGUUAAUAGUUUCUAAAUAGCAGUUAAUCUGCUUUGCUAGUAGCCUACUGGAAAACACGACUUGAUUGUAGUUAUAUAUGUUCAAUGUAUUUCUAGGAGCCUGUUUAAUGAAGGGCUAUAGUUUAUAUAUCCGGCUUCAUAGAUGAUAGAACCGACAGAGAUCAUUUCAACUUAAUCAAAUCCUAAAACAGAAUUAUGCUAGAAGAA